UUGUAGCUUCUAUUUACACCAAUCCUGGAUGGAAAAGUACUUUUGUAUUCAUUUGUAUCCUGAAUGGCCUGGUGUUUCUUCUUGGCUGCUUUUUGUGAGAGCCAUUCAAGAGCUAUGGCAGUGGUGGUCGCGGUUAUUGUGCGUGGUGGUGGAUACAGAGGAGGAGGAGGCGGUGGUGAUGGUGCUUGCUACAGCUGCGGUGGUAGGUACAACGGCGGAGGCGGUGGUGGAAGCUGUAACAACUGUGGGUAUUCUGGGCUUUUGCAAGGGACUGCCCAACAAGCUCUCGCUGAAAAAUAUUUGCAUUCGAUGUUGAUCUUGAUGCUCCAAAAGUUAGAAUUCCUCUCAGAUCUCGUGGUUCAGCCAGAUGUGAUAGUCAUUUUCUUUUGGACUUUGGUCAUUUUACACUACACACUGCGGAAAGCCAGUCUGAUGAGCAGAGGCAUAAUCUUUAUUCUCGAUUUUACAUAUCAGAACGUGAUUUUGCACCUUUUUUACGGAAUGUGGCUCUGAUUUUGGGAGUUGCAGUUUGGUUAAACCAACUCAUGAUAGUCAAAUAAUAAGCUCACCAUGGGCCAAAAAAGCUGAUAAUGUGUAUUUUGUCAUUGAUAGGUGUGGAAUGGCAGUACUUGUUAAUCAGAUUAAAGUGCCUCAUCCAAGUUACCCAUCGACAUGUAUAUCCAUUCAAGUGCCAAAUCUUUGCAUUCACUUUUCACCAGAGAGAUUUUGUAGAAUCAUGGAACUGCUGAGCAUAUUGCCAAUACUAUGGAAACAUGUAAUCAGCCUACACCUGAUAGUUUACACUCCAAACUUGCUCCUUGGAGUCGUGAUCUAGUUGUUGAUGGUAGAAUCCUAGUUUGGAAGGGAAUUGGGAAUUCAG